CACGCAGUCAGCCGCAACUUGAACACAACACUUUGAAUUCUUCCCGGGUCCGUUCACGCACGGCUUCUUUCACAUCUGGUUUGUCCUGCGCAUACACGAAUUCAUAGAUAUCGGAGUCUAAGAAUAUGGAGGCGGCAUUACCUACGAAUAUUCCCGAGUCUCAGCCUACGUCAGCUUCUACAUCGGGUAUAAGAGCUUGUACGAACUGCUCUCGAGUUAAAUGCAAGUGUAUAUAUCGGAGUGACAGCACCAUUUGUGAACGAUGCUACCGCCUGAAGAAAAACUGCACGCCAACAGUAUCGGCUGGGCGUCGCGUGGGAAAACGUCGUGGCGUUUCCAGAACUGCUCGACUUGAAGAAAAACUAGAUGAGCUUAUGUCAAAUCUAAAAUCACAGAAAGAUACCAGAGAAACUCAUAUAGAAGAUGAAGUAAAUUAUCAUGAUGAGCAGCAAGGAGCUCUUGAAUCCAAUACAGAGGUGCCAUCAGCCACUAUCGCGUCUUCAGUGCCGGCUACCCAACGUCCCGGAGAGACAACCACAUUUGACAUUACAAAAAUUUCGAGUUCAAGUAUUUCUUAUUCUGACGAAACGUCCCCGUUAGAGGCAGAAGAUUUACUAAGAAAAUUCCGAGAUGAAACUGCAGGUUUUCUGCCGUUGGUUUAUAUUCCUCCAUAUGCGAGAGCCCAACAGCUUCGGGAAAUGUACCCAUUCCUGUGGUUAACUAUAAUGUGCACAGUGUCAGCGUCACCAAGAAAACGAACCGCCUUAAGUGAGCAGGCAAAGAAUAUUAUAGUUCUAAAGGUGGUUAUGUAUAGGGAGAAGAGCAUAGAUCUUCUUCUAGGGCUCCUCGUAUUUGUAGGAUGGUCACAUCUGCAUAAACGAGAUAAACCUUUCUGGACAUUAUUCUCUCAACUAAUUGUUACUUUAGUCUGUGACUUAGGUCUCCAUAGGCCACCGUCCGACCCAGCUAUGUUUUGUGCAGCUGGUAUUAGUAUUAGCGACCGAUCAACUCUCCUCAAGGGGCGCCCCCAUGAGGAGCAACGCGCAGUGUUAGGUGCUUUUGCUGUUACCUCCAUGAUAUCGAACAUCUUCAAACAUGCCCCUGGGCUCCGUUGGUCCCCUUACCUUGACAUCUACCUUUCAAACCUUGCCCACAGUAGUAAAGUGCCCCAAGACGAAAGCCUUACAGCAAUGGUAAAAAUGCAACUGAUUGCAAACCAAAUAUAUGACGACUCUCUAUACGCCAAUGGCGGCCGGCCUCCGGUACUUUAUUUGUCUGCUCUUCGAUCACAGCUACACGAGAUAACCAGACAGGGAAGUCUUAGCGCGGAGGUCAGGAAUGAUCAUAUGAUCUUGGAGCUCUAUCACUUUACAGAGCUUCUGAUAAACGAAUCCGAAAUAAGCAAGCCGGUUACAACAUGGAAUGAGCCGGACUUACGACGAUUUGAGAUCUAUCAGCGCUGCCUUGUGUCAAUUAAAGCGUACCUUGACACGUUCUUCUCUACUCCUAUCGCUCUUCUGGGUAACAUGUCAUUCGCCUGUUAUCCUCGACUUGUCACAGUCAUGAAAGGCUUACAUACAAUAACCACUUUACAAGAUCCAAGCUGGGAUCGGGCAGCGGUUCGGACAACCGUUGAUCUCAUUCCGACUUGUGAUAAAAUCAUCGGGCUAUUAGAGUAUUUGAAAGCCGCCUCGGCCUUGAUUUCACUGGAUGGCGGCAAGGAUGAAUCGUAUAACUGGGGCCUUGGGGUUUUCCGGAAGUUGAGAGAUGUUUGGCAGUAUGACCUAGAAAAUAUGGACACAACGAACACCACAAAUCACGAAACCGACAUGUUUGACGGAGUUCGUGGUGGCGGGCUUACAACGCCUGUAGACAUUGGCAGUGAAUCAUGGUUCUUUAACGUGUUGGACGAUUUUUAGGAAUGGGAUUGUUAGACUGUACAUAUAAAUUGACCUGGUUAGGUACGUCGUAUUAAUUAACCUCAUAACUGGCGA